CUCUUGCUCAGCGAUCAGUUUAAUUCCUGAAUCCGUGCCGAGUGGUUCAUUUGAGUUAAUCAUGUCCAGAAUUGGCGUUGCUCUAGUGAGUUUCUGUCUGAUUUGCCUGUUCUGCGAUGCAUUGGGUCAGAUCGUAUUUCCAGGUUAUGACACUGAAGAGAUUGCCCAAAGCCCUGUCUACUGGCAGCGCCACAGAACGGCAGACCGACAGCCACUGAUUUCGUGUAAAGAAAAUGCGGUAAAUUACGAUUGCCUCUUUAAAAAUGUUCACAUCGGCGAUUCAGAGGUAGUGUCGUUGGACCGCUUUACUGAUUAUGAACAACCGUACGCCUCGAACUAUACGUCACUGGCGUUUGCCGACUCAACUAUCAGGCGGUUGUCCAAAGUGUUUUUGCAGGUAUACCCGAACACCACAUUGCUUACCCUGCAGGAUCUGCAACUGAGAACAAUCGACCGUGAUGCGUUUGUGCAUGGUGGGCAAGUGCAACAGCUGUAUCUCAGUUUCAACAGUUUAUCACAGCUUGAACGUGGACUGUUUGAUAGUUUGCAUUCCCUGCAAAUAGUAGCCCUGAAUAGAAACCGCCUUUCGUACCUUCCGGUGGGUUUAUUUGCCCACAACCCAAUGCUCUUCAGUGUUUCAAUGACACACAACAGCCUUACGCGCAUCGACGAUAGAACCUUCACCAACAAUCCCCAGUUGGAGAGUGUCAAUGUUUCUAGCAACAGUAUCGAACACUAUGACCUGAGUCUACUUUCUGCGGCAUACGAGAUCGAUGUCAGCUAUAACCGCCUCACACAAGUGAAGCUUCCUGCAAGGUUGGGAAGGCUGUUUGCCUCCAACAAUCACAUCGAACGCAUAGUGCCAAAUGGACAAAACAGAGAACUGAAGGAACUGUCCCUCUCGAAUAACAAGCUAUCGAACAUUGCCUGGGCAGCAUUGUACCCGGGAUUGGAAGAACUCGACCUAUCGCACAACGAAAUAGAAGAGGUCAAGAAUCUGCAUUUACCAAAGCUGAAGAAGCUAUUGCUGAACAACAACCGUCUGUUCUCCUUCGCCCUCGUAAAGCUACCAGUGCAGAGGCCACUGCGAGUGUUGGAUCUGUCGUACAAUCAGUUAACGUAUGUGGAAAGCAGCAGUGCGGUGUUCGACGGACUACACCAGCUGUACCUGCACAACAACGAAAUCGUCACGCUCAAACUCUCAUCCAACAACAUCUUACAGAACGUAAGUCUCUCGUAUAACGAUUGGGACUGCGCGAAUCUGCGCACACAGCUCGAGGUGAUUGAAUCAUCUGUUAUCCUGGACAAUGAUGCGGCCCCCUGUAAAGACGGUUACAUUAUGGAGAAUCAGUUGUGUUGCAAGGAAGCCAAAAAGGCGUACCUUGAUCGGUUGUUGGAGCAGAUCCGACAGAAAAGUGUGUUUGAAUUAGCGAAGCGACUCCAGUGCGACGAUUACCAGCAUACGGUUGUGGAUAUUGAUAAGUUAAACGAAGCUCUGGCAACGGCCACUGUCCAGUCGCCCGAUACGCUCAGGGACGAGGUCAACGAAUUACAAUCCACAGUUACAUCCUUAACCGCUGAGAAAGGCUCCAACGAGCAGCUGCUCACCACUGUUAAGCAAAACCUAAUCUUCAACAUGGAACGAUAUGGUGCAGACUAUGAAGGCUUCGACACACCUCGAAUGAUGGCGGACAAAUUAAUUACGAAGCUAGACGCUCGGAACAGUGUUCGUAAAAACCAAACCAUUUCGCAAUGGCAAGCGACUAAUGAGAAGAACGCUGAGAGAGAAGAGCUGAAAAGUGUCGCUGGACAGCUGGAGACCAUUUUAAGCAACAAAAAGGCAGUUAACACUCAGUUAAAGCAAGAUUCGGCAAAAAUCAACCAAGAAAUCAAAAAAAUCCAAGCCAGACUGAACGCCAACGCGGCUUCACGCCACAUAUACGCCUAAAGUAAUUUUCAGGACCUUUCCGGCAGUAAACGCGAUCAUCUGGUUUUAUGUCACGUUGGGAUGGGAUUCUACAUAACAGCCCGCAGGGAGCGGUUUUGAAAUCGAAAUUUAAUUUAGACAAGAAUAAAUAGUAUGUUGAAUGCAAAUCA